UGUCGAUCUGCGUCUUCCCCCUCUCUCAUCCUCUCAAUUCCUGGUCCCAUCCAAGCUUAUUCUUCCCCGGCUCUGCGCCGGUCGAAAUUAGGCUCGUGUUCGUCUCGAUAUUUGUAUAGAAAUCAGAAGCCGAGCCAGAUCAUAUUCUAUUCUUCUUUUCGCGAGAGGGGAAGGGGAAGAAAGAGAAGGAGAUGGAAGCGCCAGAGGGGACGGUGCGGAAUAUAUUGGAGCAGAAGAGCCUCAAGUGGGUGUUUGUCGGGGGGAAAGGAGGGGUGGGGAAGACGACGUGCAGCUCGAUCCUCGCGAUCCUCCUCGCCCAGGUCCGCCAGUCUGUGCUCGUCAUCUCCACCGACCCCGCCCACAACCUCAGCGACGCCUUCCAGCAGCGCUUUACCAAGAUCCCCACGCUGGUUAAUGGCUUCACCAAUCUUUUCGCCAUGGAGGUGGAUCCCAAGGUAGAAAAUGAUGAAUUACCAAAUGAUGAAGGGGUAGAUAGCUUUCUGUCAGAGCUAACAAAUGCAAUUCCUGGAGUUGAUGAGGCUAUGAGCUUUGCUGAGAUGCUAAAAUUAGUUCAAACGAUGGAUUAUUCAGUUAUAGUUUUUGAUACUGCUCCAACUGGCCACACACUACGUUUGUUGCAAUUCCCAUCAACUUUGGAGAAGGGGCUAGAGAAGGUCAUGACUUUGAAAAAUAAAUUUGGUGGCCUAUUAAGCCAGGCUACUCGUCUUUUUGGUCUUGGUGAUGAAUUCAGUGAGGAUGCAAUGCUAGGGAAACUUGAGGGCAUGAAGGAUGUGAUUGAACAAGUGAACAGACAAUUCAAAGAUCCAGACUUGACAACCUUUGUCUGUGUUUGCAUUCCAGAGUUCCUUUCUCUCUAUGAAACAGAGAGAUUGGUACAAGAAUUGACAAAGUUUGAGAUUGAUGCUCACAAUAUCAUCAUUAAUCAAGUACUUUAUGACGAGGAAGUUGUUGAAUCCAAGUUAUUGAAAGCACGAAUACGGAUGCAACAGAAAUAUAUUGAUCAGUUCUACAUGCUGUAUGAUGACUUUCAUAUCACCAAAUUGCCAUUGCUUCCAGAAGAGGUUUGUGGAGUUCAAGCUUUGAGAAAGUUCUCUCGGCACUUUCUAUCGCCAUACAAACCCCCUUUCAUCAAGGGCACUGUAGAGGAGCUUAGGCAGAGGAUAUGCACAUUGAAGGUCCAGUUAGCAGAAGCUGAGUUAGAGCUUGAUAGACUGCAGAAAGGCAAGGGAAAGGCCUAAUUGUUCUCCAUUGUUGCAUUUCACUGUUGUGAUCAUAUUCUUCCCCCCAUCAAGAGGCUUGCCUUCAUCCUUUUCUUGAUAGAAGGCAUUGCAUGAGUCAAUUGCGAGACUUUUACUAUUUCCUUCCGUACCGGAUUUUCCUGAUUGCUGGCCUGGAUAUCAAUUUAAUUGUUGGUUAGCCGAUUUUAGAUGCUGGGUAAUAACCUUAGGUGUAGUUAGUUACUCCAGUCUUAAUACAGUUAGUUAUGUGCAUGAUAUGUGAAAGGACUUCUUGUAAAACAGACAAAUAGGGAGUUUUAUGUGUUAUUAAUUUCUUAUACUGUCUACAAGUUGCAUCUUAUGGCAGUUUCUUCUUGAAAA